UACGGAAGUCACUGUUUCAGAGUGACGCGUCUCACCAGUGCGUAAUGACGGUGAUGAUGAUGAUCAGUGGUUUCAGUUUAAACUCCACAAAGGAGGAAGUGUGAGCUGUAAGCGGUGAUCACGCUUUUGCCCUCCGCCUCACCGACACUGAACAGCCGAGAUUUUUUUACCUUGCAGUUAUUAAUUAACUAGUAGCCUCAGACAGGCCAGGGCCAGCGUUCCCAGUGAUUUUCGGGGUAGAGUUUGACUUGUGGUCGCGCUGUGCAGGAACUGUGCUGCUGUCAGGAUGCUCCGGCUGUUUACUGUCCUGCUUGUUACCGGCUUGGUGCUGGCGUGUUUUACUUCCUGGGUGAUGGACAGUUACGACACCACCCGGCACCCUAAGCUGAGUUUAACGCAGUCAGACCGCGGAGAUGUUAAGAAGAAACGCGAGGCACCUUUUCCAGGUGCAGAGCUGGACAACAUCUUCUGGUUUGUGCAGGUAUCAGACAUUCAUAUAAGUCGCUUCCGUGAUCCAAGACGAGUCCCGGACUUUGAAAAGUUCUGCACAGAGACUAUUGCGGUCAUUGAACCAGCUCUCGUACUUGCCACAGGGGACUUAACAGAUGCAAAGACAGAGAAUAAAGUUGGCUCUCUUCAGCACGAGGUGGAGUGGCAGGCCUAUCACAAUGUCCUAAAGAAAUCUCGAGUGCUGGAGCGCACAAAAUGGAUAGACAUUCGAGGAAACCAUGACGCCUUCAAUAUUCUAUCUCUGGACAGCGUAAACAAUUAUUACAGGAAGUAUUCUGCCAACCAGAAGCUUGGCUCCUUCCAUUAUGUACACAGCACCCCCUUUGGCAACUAUUCCUUUAUAUGUGCUGAUGCCACGCUCACUCCUGGGCCUAAGCGUCCCUACAACUUUUUUGGAAUACUUAAUCAGACUCAAAUUGACAUGCUGGCGACCUUUAGGCAGGAGAGUCAGAGCAGCAAUCAGACCAUCUGGUUCGGACACUAUACCACCUCCACGAUUAUCUCCCCUCUGCCUGGGGUCAGAGCCCUGAUGAGUGAGGCAGUGGCGUAUCUCUGUGGGCACUUGCACACGCUGGGUGGUCUGAUGCCUGUCCUCCAUAGCAGACACUCAGCAGGAACACUAGAGCUGGAGCUGGGAGACUGGAUGGACAACCGCAGAUACAGGAUCCUGGCCUUUGACCACGACCUCUUGAGUUUCUCAGACCUGACUUUUGGGGACUGGCCAGCAGUUAUCAUCACCAACCCCAAAGAUGCUCAGUAUCUGCAUCCAGGAGUGGAGCCUCUGGGUCGUAUCUACAGCUCCACACAUAUCAGGAUCCUGGUAUUUUCAGAUACUCCGGUUACAGCAGUAUAUGUGAAUGUGGAUGGAGAGGUCCUGGGGAAAGCAGAGUGUGUAGGGGGACCUCUGUAUGUGCUGCGCUGGGACCCUAAAGUCUACUCCACCGGACUGCAUUCUAUCACAGUAAAAGCAGAAAAUUUGGCAGGCCAAACCAAGGUACACAAACAACUGUUUACCAUGCAGAAGGACCUCACACCCAGCUUUGGCUUCCUACAAUCUUUCAUUCUCCUCAAUGACCACUACAUCCAGGCAAAGAUCAUUUUUCUAGUAGCCGUGUUGGUGAACGUGGGCAUCCUGGUUGCCUUCAGAUUCAUGCACAUUCCCACGGCCCGAGGGUUGCUCUCUCAGGCCUUUCUGUCCAUACAACUUGUCAGCAAGAUCGACGCUUUCUACUACACCUUGCUGCUGUUUAAUCUGUGUACAGCAUUAGGGCCGUGGUUCAUUGGGGAGGUGAUUGACGGACACAGCGGAGUUUGCUUUUCUUUCGGUGUGUUCGUGGGUGGACAUUUUCUUGAGGGUGGUCUGACCUAUGCUGUGGGUGUGAUGCAGUUGAUCUUCUUCAACAUGCCUCUGACAUGCUACCUCUGCUGGAGUGUGCACCAGCGCUGCAGUGGCAGCUCUUUCUACUCGCACUUUUGUAGGCCGAUAUCCCACUGGAGGACUCUGAUUGUACACGUGGUAAUGCUGCUUCUAUUCAUCUGGCAGGCAUACUCCUGCUACUUCCUGCUGGAGUGCUAUGGCCUGUUGGCUUUCUUCCUGUCUCCGGUGCGUACCUGGGCUCUGCUGAUGGGUCUGCUGCUCAUUUACAAGGUUUGGAGGGAACCAGUUCCAUAUCUCACUAAGAAGAGCAACUCGUAGCAGCAAAACUGACCAGUUUUUCAUGCACAAUUUAAACCUAUUACUGUUCUGCACAUUUGUUUGCCAAAUUGUUCCCUUUCUAUUUAUUUACCUACACAAUCAUUACAUUAUGGAAUUGUUUCUAUCAUAAUUGGAGAGCUGGAGAGAAGAUGUACUACUAAAGAAUGGGCAUUUUGGUCUAUUUACUUUAACACUGAUCUAAGGCCACUUCUUUUUCCAGGGGAUUACGCUGAAAAAUGUCAGCAAAUCAACCCUAAAUGGUAUAAAUUGCCUUGCUCCACUGCCAGCCCAAAAUAUUUAAUCAGUUAGAAAAAAUACAGAUUUGUGGAUGAGUGUUGAGACUAUUUGACCUGCGUUACUGCUUAACCGACAAUCGUAAUAUCAUUUCAUUAAGAGAGCAAUAGUUUGGUUGAAAAAAAAAAUCCUGAACGUAGAGAGUGACUUUGGUUCUGCUGCUUGGACAUAUGGAUGUCAGCACUGAGGUUGUUAAAGUUUUUUCUUUUCUGUUUAUUCACAUGAUUUCUUCUAAAGAUUAUUCAGAAUGAACAGACGUUAUGUUCUAAACAUGUACAAAUACAGUCCCGGAUAAGAGACUCGCUAUUAUUAUGAAAGAAAUACAAGUCCAUAUUAAAAUGGAUAGGUUGCCCAAAUCGAAUAUGCAGAUCAAAAUUACAUAUGGAUAUGAUCCGCUGUGGUGACUCGUGGCGAUUCAUGGUAUAUUUUCAGUCCUGGGAUUCAAACUCACAACCUUCUGAACAGUACAACAUUUUGUAAAGCAAGGGUUUCAUAAUAUCAAGUUGAGACUAGAUGUGUGGUCUAAUGUCAACAGGAGGUUUUCACUUUCAUGCUGGCAUUCAUUCAUUUGUCUGUUCUUUACUUUGUUCUUAGUAACUGCCUGGUCAGGAUCGCAGUGGAUAAAUCAGGCUUCUAGUAUAUUUAGUCAUAUAUUUUGUAAAACAGAACAACAGGCCAACAACAUUCUCUAGAAAUGUGUGAACAGGGAUAAAAAAAUUGGUGACAAACUCUUUCUUGAUUAAAAAUAAAUAUCAAAAUAGAAAAAAGGUGCAACUUAGGCCACGCCUACUUUAAAUACAAAAAUACAACUGGCUAGAGCACAAAUGACAUACAUAUAGUGAAUUAUGUUACACCACUAAUGUUAACAUGAUUUCAUGGUUUCUGCUUUGAUCAAAUUUCCUCAUCAGAACAUAUACAGAGUGAUGUAGAUUGCUUGUUUUGGGUUUCAAAUCAUUAGUGAAGGACUAUAUAUGUCAACCUCAUGAACAUCAUUUAUUUUAUUUUAGACUAGCAAAGAAUAAAAUGGUCUAUAAUACAAACUGGUCUAAAAUCUAUGGACAAGGUAUUGGAGUACUUGAGCUGUAUACUGUACUAGACAUAAUAUACCAUAGAUGCUUUAUUUAUUGUAUACUGGAAGUGAUCCCUGAUCUCUCUUAAUAGACAGUGUUUUAUCAAAAUAAGUGAAGAUAAACUGUAUGCAGGUUUGCUUCAAUGAUCAAGUUGCAGGAAAAGACAAUCAGCAGUGUGUUUAUGCACUAGAGCUCAUUUAAGUGUAGACUGAACUUCCAAGGAUUUUU